AUGGACAGGGUGGCAAGGUUGGCGUCGCAAAAGGCGGUGGUGAUCUUCAGUAAGAGCAGCUGCUGCAUGUGCCACGCCAUCAAGCGCCUCUUCUACGAGCAAGGGGUGAGCCCCGCGAUCUACGAGCUGGACGAGGACCCACGAGGGAAGGAGAUGGAGUGGGCCCUCGUCCGGCUCGGCUGCAGCAACCCUUCGGUUCCUGCGGUGUUCGUGGGCGGGAACCUCGUCGGUUCGGCCAACACGGUCAUGACCCUCCACCUCAAUGGCUCGCUCAAGAAGCUGCUCAAGGAUGCUGGCGCCUUGUGGCUUUAG